CCGGAAGAAAGGAAGAGGGCGAAGCUGCGGGCGAUGCGGGAGGGCGCAGGCCGCGAUGAGAAGCGAAGGUGAAUUCAAGAAGGAGAACUUGAAAGAAUGAAAUGAGGCUGACUGGUGAGCCUCUGCCUCAGGAAAGUGGCUCUGAGACCAUCCUCCAAACCAUUUCCAAAAUCCAGAGUGCUGAAUCAGAUGUGAUCAAAUGGGCAGCCUGCCCACAAAAUUACAGUCAUUCCUUUCUACUUGCAAGGGCUGAAGAGCUCGUGGACAAGAAGAUCAAUGCUGGAGAACCCCGGGGACAUUUUCUAAAAGGGCAGCUGUUUUUUGAAGAGGGAUGGUAUGCAGAGGCAUUACUGCAGUUUGAACAAAGCAAAGAUGCAGAUUUUCAGUCCAUGUAUCAGUUAGGCGUGAUGUAUUAUGAUGGACUGGGGACCCCAGCAGAUCCUAAAAAAGGAGUGGAAUAUAUGGAGAAGAUUGUCAACUCUGACUCCCCUAAGGCAAGGCAUUUAAAGUUUGCUGCAGCAUACAAUCUUGGCAGAGCUUAUUGGGAAGGAUGUGGAACGGAGAUCUUGGAAAAAGAGGCUGAAAGAUUAUGGCUUAUUGGUGCAGACCACGGAAACCCAAAAGCAAGCAUAAAGGCUCAGAGUGCCCUUGGAAUGCUGUAUUCUGCAACACAUCCCAAGGAUCUGAAAAAGGCAUUCUUUUGGCAUUCAGAAGCGUGUGGGAAUGGGAGCCUGGAAUCUCAGGGCAUCCUUGGACUUAUGUAUCUCUAUGGGCAUGGUGUACGUAAAAAUCUGAAGGCUGCUUUGGAAUGUCUGAAUCAAGCGUCGGACCGUGGAAACGUCUAUGCUAAAGGUCAUCUUGUAGAGUAUUACUACAGAAGAAAAUUUUUUACAAAAGCUGCUGAGUUUGCCAAGAGGGUUGCAGAGAAUGAUGAUAUUCAACAGAUAGCAAAGGCAACGGACUGCAUGCCCUUUUACAUCGCUAAAGGGCUUGCAAUGGCUUCCUUCUACUUGGCCAGGUGCCUCCAACUUGGCCUGGGAACAAAAUCAGAUGCUGCGGCAGCUAAGAAAUACUAUUCUAAGAUCCUGACAAGACUUCUGAUGAGGCCCCAACAUGACCCAAUUACACCCAUCACCACUAGCCGGCAAGUCACAGAGAAACCCAAGGGUCCAUUAACCUGUUCGAAAGAGCGUCAUCCUCCUCUGACCUUAUUGCAUGCAAUCUGGAUCCUGCUAUUGCUGCUGACCUUGAACUGACAGCAAAUCAUGGGAGAAUUUAGUGUAUCACUUUGAUAAAUCUAAGCAAGUUCCAGCAGUUUUGCUUCAUCACCUCUGACUACUGUAACUCUAAAUCAUGAAUACUAGAAACAAAUGUAUUUCCUUAGACACACAAUGUUUUUAUAUCCUUUUAACUUAAAUUUCUCUUUGGAAGUGAAUUACAGGUCCCCCCCUCCCCUCGCACAUACCCAUCUACAUUUCUAAAUUUAGCUUUCCUUUAUCUGGUUUAUAUAAUCAGCAUUAAUAGUGCAGCAUUAAAGACACAAGAUUAAAAUGGUAACAAGUCUGAAAUACUUGUGUCUAGAAAUUACAGCUUUUAAAACUGCAUGCACAAAACUGAAUGAUCUGAAAGAAUUAUGUUACAGUGCAUUAACCGAGCCUUGCUAUAAAACUUAAAAGAGUGUCUUAGAUUUCACAGCAAGGUGUCUCUCUUAAGCUACCCUUGAAUGCUAUGUCCUCAGUCAUAGCUUUUUCAGUGGUGGCACCUUCAAAACCCUUUAAGCUCACUAGGCACCUACUCUACUUUCUUUGAGGAGCUAAGCCAAAACAUUUCACUCAGGUUUUUAAUUAAGUGGCUGAUCUUUUAAUGUAAUUUUUACAUUUGCUUCCUGCCUGAUAACUGUUUUAUUAGACUCAUUUUAAGAUGUACAACAUUUUUGCUUUUUAUGCUCUUGUUGGGGGUUUAAUAGUUUGUUAACAGCUUGUAAGGUGUUAGGCUUUUAUCAGGUUCCACUUACUAAUCUGCCUUGAGCAGGUUCUCUGGAGAGGCAGCAGGGAUAUCUAACUUUUUUAAAGAAGGGGAUCUAAUCGUGCAUUUCUAAACUUUUUCUAGUUUAGUCCUUAUCCUACAGUUUUGAGAGCAAGUAGUUGUGGUGCACAUUCACUUUUCAUUGAGCAACUACUUGAAACUUUUAUGUAUGUACAUCUACUGCAUUUCACAUUGCCAGUCCUUCUCUGCAAUCAUCUUCACUCCCAUUUUAUCCAUGUUAAAAUGAGAAUGUGACUGGCCCAAGGUCACCCAGUGAGCAUCAUGGUUGAGGAGGGAUUUGAAUCCAAGUCCUUCCAGUUCUACCAGACAGGCACUACAGCUCCAUCAUCACCUUGGUGUGUAGGCACUGGCACCCGUGGCACAUAUGUACUGUGGACAAUGCUCAAAGUCAUCUAUAGAUCUGAGAAUUUUUUUUCAAACUGGAACCCCUGCUGUGGUAUUCUUGAA